UUGUUGUAUGAGAACCUCUGUGUUUAAGUUACUUGGGAAUUUGAUAGGAGUGAUAUGAAGCUCUUUAGUUUUUUAGUGCUGUACCUGUACUUCCUUUCUGCCAUGGGGCAACUUCCCUCACAGGACAUUCUGGCAUUGCUCGAAUUCAAGAAGGGUAUUAAACAUGACCCUACAGGUUAUGUCCUCAAUUCGUGGAACGAGGAGUCGAUCGAUUUCAAUGGCUGCCCUUCUUCAUGGAAUGGGAUUGUCUGUAAUGGUGGGAAUGUUGCUGGUGUUAUCCUCGAUAACUUAGGUCUCUCUGUCAACGCAGACUUGAGUGUUUUCUUGAACCUCACGAAGCUUGUGAAACUCUCCUUGUCAAACAACUCUAUUGCUGGUGUCAUUCCCCACAAUAUCGGUGCCUUCAAAAGUCUCGAGUUCUUUGAUUUGUCGGAUAAUCUCUUUUCUUCAGCAUUACCACUGGGCAUUGGUAAGCUAGAGAGCUUAAGGAAUCUAUCACUCGCCGGCAAUAACUUCUCAGGCUCUAUUCCCGACACGAUUUCAGAGCUUGCUUCAAUCCUAUAUUUGGACUUGAGUCGCAAUUCCCUGUCCGGUAUGCUGCCGACUUCAUUAACUGAACUGAAUGGGUUGCUGUAUCUAAAUCUGUCCUUCAACCAGUUUACCAAGAGCAUACCGAAAGGGUUUGAGCUUGUUUCCGGUCUUCAGGUGCUUGACUUGCAAGGGAAUAUGCUAGACGGCAGCUUUUCUGGGGAAUUUUUCCUUCUAUCGAAUGCCAGCCACGUUGAUUUCAGUAUGAAUAUGCUGCGGAGCUCUAGUCCACAGAAAUUGCUACCUGGCAUUUCCGAGAGUAUCCAAUUUUUAAACCUUAGCCACAACCAACUUACCGGAUCAUUGGUUGGGGAAGCUGAGCUUCAGUUGUUCGGAAAUUUGAAAGUGUUGGACCUAAGCUACAAUCAACUGUCCGGAGAAUUGCCUGGAUUUAACUUUGCAUAUGAUCUUCAAGUCCUCAAGCUCAGCAACAACAGAUUUACAGGUUUCAUUCCUAAUGUCCUGCUGAAAGCAGAUUCUCUUCUUUUAACCGAGCUCGAUUUAAGCGGGAACAAUCUCACAGGGCCAAUAUCCAUGAUCAUGUCGACAAAUUUACAGAUACUCAAUCUUUCUUCAAACGGGAUCACAGGGGAACUUCCGUUACUAAGUGGAAGUUGUGCUGUACUAGAUCUAUCAAAUAACAAAUUAGAAGGAAAUUUAACCCGUAUAUUGAAAUGGGGGAACAUUGAAUUCCUUGAUCUUAGCCAGAAUCGUUUGACAGGGUUGAUUCCGGAGUUAACCCCUCAAUUUUUGCGAUUAAAUCAUCUCAACCUUUCGCAUAACUCCCUUACUAGCUCUCUACCUAAAGUGAUACUGCAGUACCCAAAGCUUAGAGUCCUAGAUCUCAGUUUCAACCAGUUAGAUGGACCUUUUAUUAAUGACCUACUGAACUUGGAUACUUUGGAAGAACUUCAUCUUGGGAGCAAUUUGUUUACUGGUGCUAUUAGGUUUUCUCCUUCGAGUAAAUCCGACCUCCACAUUCUUGAUCUCUCUCAUAAUCAGCUUAGCGGUUAUUUUCCCGACCAGUUUGGGUCAUUGGCUGGACUUCAAGCGCUCAAUCUUGCAGGCAAUAACUUAGCAGGUUCUCUGCCUACUUCCUUGUCUGACAUGAACUCCCUAAGGUCAUUAGAUAUAUCCCAGAAUAAUUUUACUGGAUCUUUACCGAAUAAGGUCCCUAACGGCCUUCAAAGCUUUAAUGUUUCCUACAAUGAUCUCUCUGGAGUUGUCCCGGAAAGCCUGAGGAAAUUCCCUACUUCCUCCUUCUACCCUGGAAAUUCUAAGUUGCAUUUGCCAAGCAGUCCUGGACCGAACAGUGGCCCCGCUGAAUCAAACAAGAAGCCAAUCAACACAAUUGUGAAAUGGGUGAUUGUGGUUUCAUGUGUUGUUGCGCUUAUCAUUCUCAUCUUGCUUGCUAUAUUCAUAAAUUACGUCCGUUUAUCUCAGAGAACUCCAAAUCACGUUACAAGUAAAGAUGUUGGCAAGCAAGCACCGAGAAACCCUUCUAGCCUUGUCAGAGCCGAGAGUGGGGGUGCUACUGUUGUUUCGGCGGUUGAUGUCGUGUCUUCUCGUAAAGGAUCAUCAUCUGAAAUUAUCAGUCCUGGUGAAAAAAUGGCAGCAGUGCCUGGCUACUCUCCUUCAAAGACCAGCCAUUUAUCUCGGUCACCAGAGUCUGGAGAUUCAUUUACUGCCGAGCACCUUGCAAGACUGGAUGUUAGAUCACCGGAUCGACUUAUCGGUGAGCUGCAUUUUCUUGAUGAGACAAUCACAUUGACACCUGAGGAACUGUCACGGGCUCCAGCAGAAGUUUUGGGAAGGAGCAGUCACGGGACUUCGUACAGGGCAACACUGGAUAAUGGAGUAUUCUUGACUGUGAAGUGGCUUCGAGAAGGGGUGGCAAAACAGAGAAAAGAAUUCGCUAAGGAGGCGAAGAAAUUCACAAAUAUUCGGCAUCCAAAUGUGGUUGGUUUGAGAGGGUACUAUUGGGGCCCUACACAACACGAGAAGCUGAUUCUUUCGGAUUAUAUUUCACCUGGAAGUCUUGCAAGCUUUCUUUAUGACCGACCAGGAAGAAAAGGUCCACCUUUGUCAUGGGAACAGAGGCUGAAAAUAGCAGUUGAUGUGGCACGUGGUCUAAACUAUCUCCAUUUCGACCGAGCCGUGCCACACGGUAACUUAAAAGCGUCAAACAUACUAUUAGACGGGCCUGAUCUUAAUUCCCGUGUAGCCGAUUACUGUCUACAUCGUCUCAUGACACAAGCCGGAACUAUGGAACAGAUCUUGGAUGCUGGCCUCUUGGGAUAUCGAGCGCCGGAGUUGGCUGAUACCAAGAAACCAUUGCUUUCCUUCAAGUCUGAUGUGUUUGCUUUUGGAGUGAUUUUGUUGGAACUUCAAACGGGAAAAUGUGCUGGUGAUAUGAUUCCGGGGGAAGAAGGGAUGGGUUUGAUAGAUUGGAUUCGGUUGAAGGUAGCAGAAGGCAAUGGCUCGGAUUGUUUUGACUCGGCAUUGGCUCAAGAGAUGGGGAACCCGGCUGCUGAGAAGGGAAUGAAAGAGGUCCUUGGAAUAGGAUUGAGAUGCGUUCGACCCCUUUCGGAGAGGCCAGGUAUCAAGACCAUAUAUGAAGAUCUUUCUUCCAUAUGAAUCUUUCGUGUUGUUUAUGUCAGGAUUCGGAUCCUUAGGGACUGACUGGAUUCAAAUGUUCAGGGAAUUUAAUCUCUCGUUGGCCUCCCUGUUUUGAGUCGUUUUUGUAUUUGGCUUAAUUAUCUCUUCACAACUUGUUGUAAAAUGAAGCACAUUAUGGAAUGAAUGGAAGAGUUUCAGAUUUAGCUU